AUGGCCGAACCGCACCCUGCUGAGCAAAAACGCGGGCAUAGUCCUGCAGAUUCGGAGGAGAGUUCCGAUAGCGAUGUGGGGCCAAUGCCCAUGCCGCUGGGCCAAGAUGAUGCGCAAGCGGAACGACAAAAACGGCGCAAAGUACUGCAGUAUGAAACCCUGUAUCUUGACCAACUCCCUUCUGCGAAUCGGUACUAUAAAUCGCUCAUGCACCGGGAUGUAGUCAACUUUGUGUCUGUGACACCACAUACAGACUUUAUCAUCACGACGUCAGUCGAUGGACAUGUAAAGUUUUGGAAGAAACAGGCGAGCGGUAUCGAAUUUGUCAAGCAUUACCGCGCGCACCUUGGCAUGAUUGUGGGCGUAGCGACGAGUGCAGAUGGUGCGUACUUUGCUACGAUCAGUGCAGAUCGCACUGCAAAAGUGUUUGAUGUGCUCAAUUUUGAUCUCAUCAACAUGAUGGAGCUCAACUAUACCCCUCGUGCCGUUUGCUGGGCACACCGACGAGGCAAUGCCGAUUUGUUGCUUGCUGUCGCGGAGGAAAAGAGUACAAACAUCCAUUUCUACGAUGGGCGAGGUGAUGAAACGCCGCUGUUCACUGUGCACAAAGUCCAUCGGCAGCCAUGCCAUAUUUUGGCGUACAAUGAGCCCAGCGACUGUAUUGUCUCUGUAGACGUCGGCGGCAUGGUCGAGUACUGGCAGCCAACAGAGGACUACGGCACUCCACCAGGCGUUUUUGCACUCAAGUCUUCGACGGACCUGUUUGCGUUUAAAAAGAGCAAAUUGCCACCGUCCACGCUGACGUUCUCUGCCGACUAUUCCCAUUUUGUCACGACUUCGUGCAGCGACCGCAGUGUGUGUGUUUUUCAGUUUGCAAAGGGUAAAUUGCUAAGGAAAUACGACGAGUCGCUCGCAGCUGUCGAGCAGAUGCAGCAGGCGGGCACCACUUGCUACCCACUCGACGAUAUGGAAUUUGGGCGCCGUCUCGCGGUGGAACGCGACUUGGACGCUACUGCCUCAGAUGGCCUGGAGAACGCUACGGCCAAUGCCUCUGGUAUGGCACUUUCCAAUGCCGUGUUUGACGAAUCAGGAAAUUUCAUCCUGUACGCGACCAUGCUAGGGAUCAAGGUGGUAAACCUCAAGUCAAACAAGGUCACUCGCCUGCUUGGAAAAGAUGAGGCCGUGCGUUUUUUGCACCUCGGUGUGUACCAAGGGGUUCCAGACAAGAAGAUUGCCACGAGUAUUGCAUUGGCGGCCUCGAACAACCCCCUGAAAGGCAAGGCGGAGCUAGAUCCCACACUGUUUUGCUCUGCAUCCAAGCGCAAUCGUUUCUUUAUGUUUACACGUAAUGAGCCUGAAAAUGAUCCUAGCUCGAAACUGGCUGGCAGCGACCGUGACGUGUUUAAUGAAAAACCGACGCGCGAAGAGCAGGCGAUUGCCGGAAGCGCUCCUGCAAAGCGCAAACCGGCAACCACGGGCGCGACUAUCCACACAACUGCAGGUGAUAUUUCUCUGCGCCUGUUCCCUGAACUUGCCCCCAAGACUGUGGAAAACUUUGUGGGUCUCGCAAAGAAGCGAUACUAUGACAAUAUUAUCUUCCAUCGCGUCAUCAAAAAAUUCAUGCUCCAAACUGGUGAUCCGCUUGGCAAUGGUACAGGCGGAGAGAGUCUGUGGGGAAAGGAGUUUGAAGACGAAUUCAAUUCUCAACUUCGACAUGAUCGGCCUUACACGUUAAGUAUGGCAAAUUCGGGUCCCAAUACAAACGGGAGCCAGUUCUUCAUCACUACCGUGCCUACGCCAUGGCUCGAUGACAAGCACACGGUAUUUGGAAAAGCAACAAGUGGGUUCGACGUAAUUCAUAAUAUCGAAAACACCGAGGUCGGCAGGCGUGACAAGCCCGUGAACGACAUUCAAAUCCUAAACAUUUCUUUGCACGCAUAG